AUGGACGGCCCAAAAGAUGACCUGAAGUGGUUCGGCGAAGGCUUCGACGGCUUCCCCAAAAAGCUACCUGACGACGUCGUCGAAUACAUGGUCUUCAUCAUCGACUCCCGACUUUCCGACAUUCAAACCCGAGAGCGCCUCCAAGCAUUCCAACGUGCUCUUAGUAUCCUGGAAAAGAAGUUUCUCAAAGAAUACAUCUGGCAAAGGGACUCGCUCAAGCUAGAGCUUGUGCGAGAAGAGCGGCAAUGGCUACUCAGGGGGCGCACAAACUACGGCGACAGUGUGGCAGACGAGUGGCUUAUUGUGUAUCUCUUGCGUGAGCUCAGUAAAGAGUUUAAAGAUGCUUGGAUACGAAUCUAUGAUAGCGAUGGGGAGUUUCUGCUGAUCGAAGCUGCGAAUGCGUUGCCGAAGUGGCUGAAUCCUGAAGUCGCAGAGAACAGGGUAUGGAUCAACUGUCAUCGGCUUCUUAUCAUACCCCUGGGUAAAGAGGAGGAGCCUGCGCCCCUCACGCAGGCGCAAGCACUGCAAAUCAUCGACGCUACGCCGGGACGACUUCAGCAGUAUGUCAAGGUUGAAAAGGAGGCAUUUCAUCGUCUGAGCGGGUAUCCAGCUGCCAUCUCAGAAAACCAGCAUCAUGCAACAGUCCCACUCCCGAGGAAAGUCGCUCACAUGCUACACGUAAACCCGUCCUACAUUGCACCAGUAGUUGAAGCCUUUUACUUACGCGAUCCUAUUUCGAUUCGACUUCUUCAGCCCAGCAAGACCAAGGAACCCCUAAUUUUCCCACCCGAAGACUCUGUUGACGUUAGCGUGCGAUUCACAAAAGUGCUAUACGCCCAACUUCUCGGACAGCACUGGGAACCGCCAGCACCAUGGGACGCCGCACUGGAGCACCUCAUCAAGGCCGGCAAGUCAACCGAGAAAGCCGAGAUUGGCAUCAAAAUAGCAGCAGGCAUGCAAAUGCUUCUCUCUUACCCAAUCUACAGCUCCUACAAAUCUACGCGCGAGAUUUCUCUCCUACUCGAAGACCUCGAAAGUGGCGACGACACGCUUCCCACCGACGCCGAAAUUGCAAGCUGGCCCAAACGCGAAGACGACGAAGGGUGGCUCAACAUUGACUUUGCCGAGUUUGAAAAAGAGCUCGAAGGCAAAGGAAGCGGCGCCAAAGACGCAUUCGGCGACAAAGCUGCACAAGAGAAUCUCAAAAAGAUGGUCGAGCGGUUCAACGACUUCCUAGCCGACAAUGAAGCCGGCGCCGAAGGUGCAGACGGGAUCCCGGACCCAAUGGACAUAGACAACGACUCCGACGGCGAAGCCCGGGGCUGGGACGACCCAGAAGACAGCGAUUCCCCACCGCCCUCAACCAACACCAAAACUAACACAAAGGGUAGAAAUAAGGCCCCACCUAAAUUCACCAGGAAGCCUGACUCCGAUGAUGACUCCGAUGACGAUGACACCGACACCGACGACGACGCAGAAGCCGACGCCGAAUACGCCGACUACGAAAAAGCUUACGAGAAAUUUAUGACACUCCCCGCCGCUGAGAAAGCAAUGCUAACAGACGAAGCGCGCGCACUGGCACUUGAACAAGACGCCGAGCAGGAAGAAGAUGACGAGAUCAAGAAAUUGAGUGAGAUGAUGGAGGCGGAACUGUUUAGCCAUGGCGCCCUCAACCUGGAUGCUAAACCGACUCGUAAACCGGGCACUGGGCUGCUGGCGGACGUCAAGGGUAAGGGGAAGCUGGAGGAUGUUGGUGAAGAGAAUGGGGAAGAUGAGGAUGAGGACCUGCUGGAUGAGGACUAUAAUCUUGUGGACAAUAUGCUCAAGGCGUUCAAGGGACAGGCGGGUAUGGCGGGUCCGGCGGGAAAUAUGAUGAGGGCGAUGGGUGUGCAGUUUCCAAGAGAUGCUGAUGAUGAGAUUGAGGGGAGUAGUAAGGGUAAGGGUAGGGUGGUGGAGUAG